AUGGCUGACAACUCUUCCUCUGGAAUGUCCUCACCCAGCUCCCUGCGGCAUGAGACACACAGGAGGGAGUUUAAAGCACACAGCGCUGAUGCAUGGACCCAGCUAGUACCCUACAAGGAGCAAGUCCACACCCGCAGCCCUUCAGAAACCAUUGGCAACGUCUAUUCCCCUGCUGCCAUUGACCUCAAGCUUCGGGAUCUGGCCAGUGCUUCGGCCAAGCGCUCUACUGAUAGCAAAGGCCCGCAACCGCCUAAGCGUCCCAGCUCGCGCAACGGGAGCUCAACAGCCCGCGUAUGUCAUUAUCCCCCUUUGCUGAAUGUAUUUCCAGAUUGCGAUGAUUGCCUUGCCUCUCAUUCUGAUAUCAAACCUCUUGCGUUGACUGAUUGUACUGUGUCCUCAGGCCGGCCCAUGACACCGGGAGAGCAGCAAGAGGUCAUGGCAGCCACACAUCCCGAACCUACCAACUCAGAUAGUGAAGCCGAAGCUCCAAAUGCUGGUCACACCGAGCCCUCAGACGAAGACUUGCAGCGCGUCCAAUGGUACCUCGACAAUGCCUUUCACGAGAACCAGUUUGCCCCACUCGGCGAGGCCAUGGUCAUGUUCGAUGAGGAUACCAAUCUCCCCGUCACACGCUCCUUGUAUGCCGAAGUAGAUGCGCGCAUCGCCUUUCAGCCUCCUCCCCUCGACGACCAGCACGGCGAGCCGUCCGUCCAAGCUCAGCUAUGGGACGAGAUCAAGGCUGACUACAUUGCCAGUAUGAAGGAGGCCAUUUUGCGUUAUCUCCUUGAAGACCAGUCCGAGCGCGAACGACUCCAGAUUCAGGCCAUGCCAGCUAUCCAUGUUCCACGCACCAUCCGGGCCCCCGUGGCCUGGCACGAUGACGUGGUUCAGGCCCGCAAUGCUUGCAGCGAUGGUAUCAACAUCACAGAGCCCAUGCUGAUCGCCCUGGGUCACCUCUGGCAUCUCCAGUUCCAUUCCCUGCGUUGCGUUGACGCCGCGGCGGUGACUGAGCAAGUUUUUCAAAAUGGCUGCUUCCUCCUCGACGACCUCAAUGCGCUCAUUCAACAACACUGUGUUCAGGCCCAAAAGCAACUGCGCCAAGAAUGGACGGCGGAUGCCGCUGAGAUCAUGAUGGCAUUGCGCGACACUUGGUACCACCGUGUGGACAAGGAGGAUCCGCUGGAAGCGGCUCGCGGCUUCCAGCGGUUGGAGCACAUCUUUGCUGCUGCCUGUUCAACCAUGUCCAACCAGCUCCGCGGCUGUAUUCGCCAGUCUCUUCAGACUUACCUGCAGGAAUUGCUCGAGCCCUACGCUGGAGGCAAUGCCUACGAUGGGGAGUACACCGAUGCCCACGUUGCUCGUCGUCCUCUCGUGCGCAUGGCUGUGCACGUUCAGGAUGCAGAUGUUACUCUGGACCCAUCGUGGGACGAAGUGGCCGCUGCCUUCAGUGGCCACUGCCAGGCCAUUGCUCAAGUGGCCGAGCAGGUGCCGCGGCCGGAAAAGCGCGUGUUUCCCGAGUUGGGGGACCGAGAAGAUCUGUUUAUUCCGUGCGCGACUGCAGACGAUGAGCACGUCAUCACGACACGAGAGCGCCUCAUGGCGAUUAUCGAAGCGAACAAACCCGGACCGGCGCGCUAUCUUGAAAUGUUUGACCGUUUCCGCCACCUCCUCGCACCGCCCAACGAGCGAAGCGAGGAGCAGGCUGCCGUUGCAGACUUCUGCGCCAAGGACAAGCCCCUCAGUGCAUAUCGAUCAUAUAUCCAGAAGCUCCAAGAUCUCUGUCGCGAGAUCGACGACCUGCGGCCCACCGCGCCCAUGGGCUUGGUCUGCAUCGACAUCACACCGGCUCAGGCCACCCUGCGCGAGCGUUGCCAAAGCCUCAUUGACACACUCGUGUCCACAGUGACUCAAAACAACCGCAAACUCAAUCGCGGCAUCUGCGAACGCUUUGACGCCAUUGCCAAUCGCCUGAUGGAGCAGCCACAAUCCUCCGAAGACAUGAAAUCUCUUGAGGAAUAUCUACAGGAAACACGCGCUGAAACAAUUUUCAAGUUGAAAGCAGAGAUCACAGAGGCCGGUGAGCGGUUGCGGUUUUUGCUCGAGUUUGCCGAACUCAACGAGGACCAUGUCAAGCUCAACACAACCACCAUCAAGUGGCCCGCCAAGCUGGAGCCCAUGUUCGAUGUGGCCGAUCGCCGCGUCAAUGAGCACCGGCAAGCCGCUGAAGUGCAGCUUGUGCAGCGCGUCAAGGACUUUGAGGCUGCGCUUGAAACUUACUUUGAAACUGCCGAAAGCUAUCAGAAUCUUCUUGGCAUCCAGCGCGAGCAACAGCUGCUCGAGCAGGAGGUGACUCCCUUCCCGCAAAUCCAACAAACACAGUCGGUGGUGGAGCCCUUCGACAAGCUGUGGCGUACGGCUCUCAAGUUUUUCACUCUCUCUGAACAGUGGAUGAACGGCUCCUUUUUGGCGCUCAACGCUGAAGAGGUGGAGGAAGAGCUGGGGACAUUGUUCCGCGUGGCGUUUAAGCUGGCCAAGCAGCUUACCAACUACAAUGGGCCUUCAAAGACGGCCGAUCAGCUUCGCAACAAGGUGGAGGAGUUUCGCGUCAACGUCCCCAUCAUCCAGGUCAUUUGCAACCCAGGUAUGCAGGCCCGUCACUGGGAAAAGAUUUCCGACCUCACGGGUUACGACGUUCAGCCGGACCAAAAUACCACCUUGGCCCAGAUGCUCAAUCUGAAUUUGGCCAACCAUGCCACGGCGCUCGAGGAUAUUGGGGCCGCUGCCAGCAAGGAAUUUUCUCUCGAGAAGGCGCUGCGCAGCAUGAAGCAGGACUGGACCGACAUGGAAUUCGCUUUCGUACCUUAUCGCGACACCGGCGUCUCCAUCCUCAGUGGUAUUGACGAGGUGCAAAUGCUCCUGGACGACCACAUUGUCAAGACCCAGACCAUGCGAGGUUCCCCUUUCAUCAAGCCCUUUGAGGAGGAGAUCAAGGAGUGGGAGGCCAAGCUCAUCAGCAUGCAGGACAUUCUGGAUGAGUGGCUCAAGGUGCAGGCCACAUGGCUGUAUCUGGAGCCCAUCUUUUCCUCGGAAGAUAUCAUGGCUCAGCUUCCCGAGGAAGGGCGCAAGUUCACCAUCGUGGACAAAUCUUGGCGCCAGAUCAUGGCGGUCAGCUUGGAAGAUAGUCAUGCCACCGUGUGCACGGAUCAGCCGAACAUGCUUUCAAUUUUGCGUGAGGCUAAUGGUCUUUUGGACGACAUCCAAAAGGGGCUCAACAAGUAUCUCGAGGUCAAGCGCCUCUUCUUUCCGCGCUUCUUCUUCCUUUCCAACGACGAGUUGUUGGAAAUCCUCUCCGAGACCAAGGACCCCACCCGCGUGCAACCGCAUCUGAAGAAAUGCUUUGAAGGCAUUGCCCGCCUCAACUUUGAUGACAAGCAGCAGAUUCGCGCCAUGAUCUCUUCGGAGCAGGAGGAGGUGCAGUUUGAUAAGGUCCUUGUACCUGCUGACGCCAAGGGCAUGGUCGAAAAAUGGCUGGAUGAAGUGGGCAAAACCAUGAUUUCCAGCCUACACAAGGUUAUGCAACAGAGCGUUGAUGCCUAUGCCAAGGCUCCACGCAACCAGUGGGUCCAGGACUGGCCCGGGCAGGUCGUUUUGGCCGUCAGCUCCAUUUACUGGACCAUGGCCGUGGAAAGCGCCUUUGAGGCCAACCGUCCCCUGGGCGAGUUUUUGCAACAGAGCAACGACCAGAUCAAUGGCAUUGUGGAGAUGGUUCGUGGUAAACUGCCCAAGUCCUUGCGCAAUACCCUGUCAGCGCUCACCGUCAUUGACGUCCAUGCGCGCGAUGUCGUGGCCAAGCUCGUGGACGACGGUAUCCAGCGCGUGACGGAUUUUGAUUGGAUUGCCCAGCUUCGCUACUACUGGGAGCCUUGCGACGAGAGUCCCAAUGACAACGACGUCAUGGUCAAGAUGAUCACCACCAACGUGCGCUACGGCUACGAGUAUCUGGGCAACAGCGGCCGCCUCGUCAUAACCCCACUCACGGAUCGCUGCUACCGCACCCUCAUGGGCGCUUUGCUACUUGAUCUUGGCGGUGCUCCCGAAGGCCCUGCCGGCACGGGCAAAACAGAGACCACCAAGGAUUUGGCCAAGGCCGUGGCCAUCCAGUGCGUGGUCUUCAAUUGCUCCGAUGGCCUUGACUACAAGGCCAUGGGCAAAUUCUUCAAGGGUCUCAUCGCUGCUGGUGCCUGGGCCUGUUUCGACGAGUUCAAUCGUAUCGAGCUCGAGGUGCUUUCCGUCGUGGCGCAGCAGAUCCACAGCAUCGUCUAUGCCAAGACCCGCCGCCUGGAUCGCUUCAUGUUUGAGGGAACUGACAUCAAUCUGAAUCGCAACUGCAACUGUUUCAUCACCAUGAACCCGGGCUACGCCGGUCGCCAGGAGCUGCCCGACAACCUUAAGGUCCUCUUCCGCACCGUCGCGAUGAUGGUGCCUGAUUAUGCCCUGAUUGGUGAGAUCAUGCUCUACUCGAUGGGCUUUGUCGACGCCCGUGCUCUGGCCCAAAAGAUUGUGGCGGUUUAUCGGCUCUGCUCCGAACAGCUCUCCUCGCAAUCCCAUUACGAUUAUGGCAUGCGUGCUGUCAAAGCUGUUCUCACGGCCGCUGGCAACCUCAAGCUCAAGUAUCCGCAGGAGAACGAGUCGGUGCUCAUGCUGCGCUCAAUCAUUGACGUGAACUUGCCCAAGUUUCUCUCACACGACGUGCCCCUAUUUGAGGGCAUUACAUCCGAUCUUUUCCCAGGCAUUGAGCUUCCCAAGCCCGAUUAUGACCACAUCUCACGGGCCCUGCGUGAGAACUUUGCGAAGCACAACAUGCAGGCCACUGACUACCACAUGAUGAAAAUCAUUCAGAUUUACGAGAUGAUGCUGGUGCGCCACGGUUUCAUGAUUGUCGGCGAUCCCCUCUCCGGCAAGACGGUGGCCUGGAAAGUCCUUGCUGAUGCGCUUGCUGAUCUCGAGGAGGCUGGCCUCAUGGACGAACAUCGCGUUCUUGUCAACAUCAUUAAUCCCAAAUCCAUUACUAUGCAGGAGUUGUACGGCUCUUUUGAUCCCGUCUCCCACGAGUGGUCUGACGGCGUCCUGGCCAACACCUAUCGUGACCAGGCCAGCUCCAUCACGGAGGAUCGCAAGUGGCUGCUCUUUGACGGCCCUGUUGAUGCGGUGUGGAUUGAGAACAUGAACACAGUGCUUGACGACAACAAGAAGCUCUGCCUCAUGUCUGGUGAAAUCAUUGCCAUGUCCGCCCAAAUGAACCUCAUCUUUGAGCCUCAGGAUUUGCUGGUGGCCUCGCCAGCCACAGUUUCUCGCUGUGGCAUGAUCUAUCUCGAACCCCACAAGCUGGGGUGGGAGCCCUCGCUCGAGUCUUGGCUGAGCGAUCUACCCACUUCCUUGGCCGGCGAUGACGGCCACGCGGGCUAUCUGCGUGAGCUCUUCACCUGGCUCAUGAACCCGGUGCUCAAGUUUGUGCGCCUGCAACUCCGCUUAUUUGUGCCCACCUCCUCCGUGCAUCUGGCCCGCACGGCCAUUCGCGUGCUGGACUGUCUCUUGGACCCUUGGCGCAGCGAGGCGCCCCCAAGCGACGCGCAGACGUCGGCCCAACUCGAGGCCCUCUUUGUUUUUGCCAUCACUUGGGGCGUGGGUGGGCAGCUCGUGGGUGCCGACCGCCCCAAGUUUGAUGAAUUUGUGCGAGCGGCCCUCCUGGGGAAUAGCGAUGUCGUAACCAAACCCAAAACCAUCAAGCUGGGCAAGAGCUCCAUCCCCCCAGAACGCGGCCUCCUCCACGACUUUGUUUUCCGCGACGGCAGCUGGGCACACUGGAACGAUCUCAUCGAAACGCUUGACAUUCCGGACGACGCCACGCCAAAUGGCAUCAUUGUCCCCACCAUUGACACAGUGCGCCAACGAUUCUUCCUGCAACAGCAUCUCGAUCACCAGGUGCCCAUCCUUUUCGUGGGGCCCACAGGCACGGGCAAGUCAGCCAUCGUCGAGAGUCAUCUCAUGGCAUUGCCUAAGGACCGCUUUGUACCCAACAACAUCACCUUCUCGGCGCGCACUACUGCCGGUCAAACGCAGCAGAUCAUCAUGUCCAAGCUCGAUCGCCGCCGCAAGGGCGUCUAUGGCCCGCCCAUGGGUAAACACUGUGUUGUCUUUGUUGAUGAUCUGAACAUGCCACAGAAAGAAACGUAUGGCGCUCAGCCACCCAUUGAGCUCUUGCGCACCUGGCUGGAUCACUGGCACUGGUACGACCUCAAGGACACGAGCCGAAUUGACCUCGUUGACUUGCUUCUCGUCUCGGCCAUGGGUCCACCCGGUGGCGGCCGCAACGACAUUUCGGCGCGCUUCUUGCGCCACCUGGACCGUUUGGGUCAAUCCCUCGUGCAGGCGUCGGCUGCCGUCUACAAGGCUGCAGUCACCAACCUCCUGCCAACGCCAGCCAAGAGCCACUACACCUUUAACCUCCGCGAUUUUGCACGCGUUGUCCAGGGCGUGAUGCUUGUGCCAGCCUCACACCUCACCGAGAGCAACAAGCUCGUGCGCUUGUGGGUGCAUGAGGUUUAUCGUGUCUUCUACGAUCGUCUCGUGGACGACGACGACCGCGCCUACCUGUUUGGUGUUGUGCGCGACGUCACCAAAGAGCACUUCAAGGUUGACAGUCAGACGCUCUUCUCACACCUCGUCUCAGAUCAGGCGGUCGGUCUCCAGGAUGACGACCUGCGGUCGCUGUUCUUUGGUGACUUUAUGGAGCCCGGGGCAGACCCGCGAGUGUACGACGAGGUGCAAGACAUGGACAGGCUUCGCGAGACCAUGGAAGAGUAUCUCACCGAGUACAACCAGCUGAGCAAGACCCCCAUGUCUCUGGUCAUGUUCCGCUUUGCCAUCGAGCACGUCAGCCGCCUUGCACGCAUCAUCAAGCAGCCCAAUGGCCACGCUCUGUUGGUUGGCAUUGGUGGUAGCGGCCGUCAAAGCAGCACCAAGCUGGCCGCUGCCAUGGCCGAGUAUACGCUCUUCCGCAUCGAGCUGACCAAGACCUACAGCUAUUCAGACUGGCGCGAGGACAUCAAGAAGAUGCAUCGGUUAUCGGGUUACGAUGGCAAGUCCACCGUCUUUCUGUUCUCCGACAACCAGAUCAAGGACGAAGCAUUUUUGGAGGACAUUAACAUGCUACUCAAUACGGGUGACGUACCAAAUCUCUAUGCGGCCGACGAGAAAGCCGAGAUCAUCGAGCGCAUGGGCGCUGUCCUCAAGGAGCAGCGGCGCACCAAUGUGGACACCUCACCGUUGGCCAUGUACAAUUUUUUCAUUUCACGCGUUCGUGCCAACCUGCACAUCGUUUUGGCCAUGUCUCCCAUUGGCGACGAGUUCCGUCGGCGCCUGCGUCAGCUGCCUUCGCUUAUCAAUUGCUGCACCAUUGACUGGUUCCGGGCCUGGCCUGAGGACGCCUUGGAGAUGGUGGCAGACAAGUUUCUGGAGAGCGUUGAGCUCGAGCCCGAGGUCCGCGUUCAAGUCGUGUCCAUGUGCAAGCAUUUUCACGAAUCCGUGCGCGCCCUAUCGGCCUCCUUCUACGACGAGCUGCGCCGCUACAAUUACGUCACACCCACCUCCUACCUGGAGCUGAUUCAAACUUUCAAGGGCCUGCUGGACAUGAAGCGCAAUGAGAUCUCCACGCUGCAGUCGCGCUACAGCGUCGGCGUGGAAAAGCUCGACUUUGCUGCAAGCCAGGUCGCAAUCAUGCAGGAAGAACUCGUCGCCCUGCAGCCCGAGUUGGUCAAAACCUCGGAAGAAGUGGCCAUCAAGAUGAAGCAGAUCGAAGCCGACUCAGUGGAGGUAGAUGCCAAGAAGGAGCUGGUCGCAGCGGAUGAAGCCGUUGCCGCCAAGGCUGCGGCGGAAGCCAAUGCCAUCAAGCAAGAGUGCGAGCAAGACCUGGCCGUGGCGCUUCCGGCGCUUGAAAACGCCAUCAAAGCCCUGGAUACCCUCAAACCCAGUGACAUUGGUGAAGUCAAGGCCAUGAAAAACCCACCUGCCGGUGUCAAGAUGGUCAUGGAAGCUGUCUGCGUCAUGAAGGGCGUGAAAAGCGACCGCGUCAAGGAUCCCGGAGGCAGUGGCAAGAUGGUGGAAGACUUUUGGGGCCCAUCCAAGCGUCUGCUUGGUGACAUGAAGUUCCUGCAAUCCCUCAAGGAUUAUGACAAGGACAACAUCUCCCCCAAAGCCAUGAAGGUCAUCCGCGAGAAGUUUGCGACCAACGAGGACUUUCAACCGGAGCCCUUGAAGAAGGUAUCAGCCGCCGCAGUGGGUCUCUGCUCAUGGGUCCUCGCGAUGGAGGUGUAUGACCGCGUGGCCAAGGUUGUGGCGCCCAAGAAGGCCAAGUUGGCCGAGGCCGAGGCCGAGCUGGCCGUGCAAAUGGCCAAGCUUGAGGAGAAGCGCGCCGAGCUCAAGGCCGUGACCGACAAGCUCCAGGCCUUGAAGGAUGAGCUUGCUGCCAUGGUGAAGAAGAAAGAAGAGCUCGCCUUUAACAUUGACCUGUGUGCCAAGAAGCUCGAGCGCGCUGAGCAGCUGAUUGGUGGACUGGGUGGAGAGCGGUCACGCUGGACCCAAUUGGCCACAGACCUGGGUGAAACCUACACGCGUGUGACCGGCGAUAUUCUGUUGUCCUCGGGCGUCGUGGCCUACCUCGGCGCUUUUACCGUGACCUACCGACAGCGCUGCAUUGAGGAAUGGAGCAAACUCGCCCGUCGCUGGCCGCUCAUGAUUGACCCUCAAGGCCAGGCUAACAAGUGGGUGAAGAAUAUGGAGAAAAACCACAAGCUGGCCGUCAUCAAGCUCUCCGACGCCAAUUUUGUGCGCACGCUGGAAAAUUGCAUUCAAUUUGGCCACCCGUGCUUGUUGGAAAACGUGGCGGAGCAAUUGGACCCCAUCCUGGAGAGCAUCCUCCUCAAGCAGACCUUCAAGCAAGGUGGCGUGGAUUUGAUUCGCGUCGGCGAAAACGUCAUCGAGUACAGUCCCGACUUCCGCUUUUACAUUACCACACGGCUGCGCAACCCGCACUAUCUGCCCGAGAUUGCCGUGAAGAUUACGUUGCUCAACUUUAUGAUCACGCCCGAGGGCUUGACCGACCAACUUUUGGGCAUCGUUGCGGCCGAAGAGCGCCCCGAGCUGGAGGAGAAGAAGAACCAGCUGAUCCUUGAGUCGGCAGCCAACAACCGCCAGCUCAAGGAAAUCGAGGAUAAGAUCCUUGAAGUCCUCUCAUCCUCUGAAGGGAACAUUCUAGAGGACGAAACUGCCAUCCACGUCCUCUCAUCCUCCAAGACCCUGUCCUUGGAGAUCUCCGAGAAGCAGGUGGUGGCUGAGACGACGUCCAAGGAGAUUGAUGAGACGCGCAAUGGCUAUGUCCCAGUCGCCGAGCAUUCAGCUACGCUUUUCUUUGCCAUCGCCGAGCUAGCCAACAUUGAGCCCAUGUAUCAGUAUUCACUGACAUGGUUCACCGAUCUGUACCGCCGCUCGAUCCGGGAUUCUGCCAAAUCCGAGGAGCUGGCCAUUCGCAUCCACAACUUGAACGAUCACUUUACCUACUCCAUCUACCGCAACGUGUGUCGUUCCUUGUUUGAGAAGGACAAACUGUUGUUCUCAUUCAGCCUGACGGUGCAGCUGAUGGCUCGCCGUGGUGAGAUUGAUGAUGCCGAGUGGCGCUUCCUUUUGACCGGUGGUGUGGGACUGGACAACCCACACCCCAACCCGGCACCAGCGUGGCUCUCGGACAAGUCCUGGGGUGAGCUUGUACGCACCGAAUCAUUGCCGCGAGGAACCUUCAUCGGCUUGCGCGAGGAUGUACAGCAAAACCCCGAGCUAUUCAAGCAGUUCUACGAUAGUGCAAGCCCCCAUACGGAGCCUCUACCAGGUCCUUGGGAGGAGCGCCUUGAUGCCAUGCAAAAGCUCAUCCUACUGCGUUGCCUGCGUCCAGACAAGAUUGUGCCACGAGUGCAGCAGUUUGUGUCGCAGCACAUGGGGCAGCGGUAUACAGAGCCCCCAACGUUCGACCUGGCCGGCUCCUAUGCCGACUCGCACUCUUGUGCAGCAUUGAUUUUCGUGCUUUCGCCCGGCGCCGAUCCGAUGGCUUCUCUGCUCAAGUUUGCCGAGGCCAAGGGCUUUGUCGGGGACAGCGCGCCCAAGACGAUAUCUUUAGGUCAAGGCCAAGGCCCUAUCGCCGAGCAACUUAUUGCCGAUGCCAUGGUGAAGGGUACCUGGGUCGUGUUGCAAAAUUGUCACUUGUACACGUCUUGGCUGCCCAAGCUUGAGUACUUGACCGAGGAGGUCCUCAUCCCGGAAAAGACGCACAAGGACUUCCGUCUCUGGCUCACGUCGUAUCCCACCGAUGACUUCCCGGUGUCGAUUCUUCAAAACGGUGUCAAAAUGACCAACGAGCCGCCCAAGGGCUUGCGCAACAAUCUGCUGCGUUCAUACCUGAACGAUCCUAUUUCCGAUCCCGAGUUUUUUGGGGCUUGCAAGACUCCGGAGCGCUGGGAAAAGCUGCUGUUUGCGCUCUGCUUCUUCCACGGCCUCAUUCAAGAACGCCGUAACUUUGGCGCGUUGGGUUGGAAUAUUCCGUACGAGUUUAACGAGUCGGAUUUGCGCAUCAGCAUUCGGCAGAUGCAAAUGUUCCUCAACGACUACGAAAUUCUGCCGUUGCCGGCCCUCACGUACCUGUGUGGCCAGUGCAACUAUGGUGGUCGCGUGACUGACGAUUGGGAUCGCCGCUUGUUGGGCAGUCUCCUCGGCAUUUUCUAUUCGGACGAAACCGUCACGAAUGACGAAUACCGCUUUUCGCCGAGCGGGACAUACUUUGCGCCAGCCAAGGGCACAUAUGCAGACUAUCUCUCCUUCAUCAAGGGACUGCCCCUGAUUCCGCAUCCGGAAGUGUUUGGACUGCACGAGAACGCAGAUAUCACCAAAGACCAAAAGGAGACCAAUGAGCUCUUUUCCUCGAUUCUGCUCACGCUGCCACGGCAGGCCUCGAGCGGUGGCCGCUCGGCCAACGACACGAUUGAUGAACUGGCACAGGAUAUCUUGUCCAAGGUUCCACCCGCCUUUAGCCAUGAGGAGGUGCUGGAGCGCUUCCCCGUCAUGUACUCUGAGUCCAUGAACACGGUACUGGCCCAGGAAGUUGUCCGCUUCAAUCGCUUGGUCAAUGUGAUUCGGGGCUCGCUAUCGAACGUGCGCAAGGCGAUCAAGGGCUUGGUGCUCAUGUCUGGCGAGCUUGAGGAGGUCUUCCAGAGCAUGUUGGUCGGCCGGGUUCCCAAGCUGUGGGAUAAGGUGUCAUAUCCCUCCUUGAAGCCGCUCGGCUCUUACAUUAGCGACUUGGUGGAGCGCUUGACAUUUUUGCAAAAUUGGAUUGAUAAUGGCACGCCCGCGACUUUCUGGCUGUCUGGCUUUUUCUUCACGCAAGCUUUCCUGACGGGGGCCCAACAAAACUUUGCGCGCAAGUAUAAGAUUCCCAUUGAUCAUCUCACGUUUGACUUUGAGGUGCUCUCCAUCGAGGCCGAAGAUGCCCAGACGAUUACAAAGGGUCCUGAAGACGGAGUCUUUGUGUAUGGCCUCUUCCUGGAGGGCGCGCGCUGGGAUCGUGAGCGGAUGCAACUGGGCGAGCAGCGCCCCAAGGUCUUGACAGAUGCCCUGCCCUGCAUGCAUCUGAUGCCUGUGGAAAAGAGCAAAAAGCCCGACCGCUCCGUCUAUGUCUCGCCUCUGUACAAGACAUCAGCUCGCCGCGGCAUCUUGUCAACAACUGGUCAUUCGACCAACUAUGUCAUGGCCGUGGAUCUGCGCACAGAUUUGCCGCCGUCUCACUGGAUUAACCGCGGCACAGCCUUGCUGUGUAUGCUAGAUGACUAGUCUUGUUCUUUGUUCUUUCAUCUGCUGGGGGAUGGCUCCGUGAGCUUCGACUUCCCCAGGGCCGUGUGAAAGUGGCGUGGUUGGCAAGCCCUUAAUUGUAGCACUGUUGUGCUUUGUUCUUCUGUUUUUACGUCCAUGUGUUGGCUGUGAAUUAUUCUAGGCCUACGUUGUUGCUGAUGGUUGUGUGGCGAUAAAGGAGAAGGACUGUAUAAUCUUGUUCAUCUUCAUUUUUUUUUUUGUUUUUUUUAAUUGACAAGAAACC